CAAGGAAGUUCUGUUCGUCUGGAUGGGCUGAAGAACUCACUUUAAACUUUAGAGCGAGAGCGAGAGAGACAGGGAGAGAGAGAGGGGGAGAGAGAGAGAGAGAGAGAGAGAGAGAGAGAGAGUUGGGUAAAUGGUACCCAGGGAACUUACUUGUCACUGUAGUCAGUUGUAGGAGUUCAAGCCUGAGGAUUCGGUUACAGACUUGAUGUUUUUCUCACUGGCGCCGAUGAGGGACGCGAUGUGGAUCUACGCAGUGUUUACCUUCUUAUUAUCUGAAGCAUGGAGCAUGGAAGGAACUAAUCAAAGCACCUCUGUGAAGUCCAGCAUAUUUAAGGUUGACAGCCAUUUCAACCAGGGGAGUGAAGUUAACCUGACAUGCAGCAAUGAGACGAGGAAGGAGAUGCUGUUUAUUAGAUGGAAGAUAGAAUUAAAAAACAAAAAAACAUGUCAGAUAGGUUCUAUUGAUGGCAGAAGCGAUGAUGACUGCAAGGAUGGCAAAUCACUCCGGAACACAUCCAGCGGCUUGUCCUACCUUCACAUCCCAAACAUCUCAGAAACUGACGAGGGGAAAUACGACUGUGAUUCGACUUACACCGGCGGAAACGACCAUCAUGUCAUUCAUGUGACUGUCACAGUUCCUCCAAGUGUAUCGGCCUGGAUGUACCAUCAAGACAACAAGGUGGUUGCAGUAUGCAAGGCCGAGAGAGGAAAACCCGCUGCCAACAUCAGCUGGAAUCAUGUGGGAAACGUAUCGUCUGUAAAAAGUGGCUCAAAUGGAUAUUUUACUGUAGAAAGUCGCCUGGAGCUCCUCGAGGAAAUGGACACAGAAAACCUAAGCUGUGCCGUCAGCCACCCGAGCUGGAAAAGGGAGAGGAUAAUUGUACCGAAACUCCAAAAAGCAGAUCACUCCCUAAGGCUGUAUGCCCUUAUUGUUGGGGUAAUUAUUGUGAUCUCAGCAGGAUUUUUGUUUUUUGCAUGGAGGAAAAUAAUGCCAUUCAGGCGAUGCCGGCAGUCCGACACCACACAAUCCAAAUCUCCACCAGCGGAAGAGGUGGAGGAGGUGGAGCCCUACGCCAGCUACGUUCAACGUGUCAACUCUAUCUAUAACUCAUCUGCAGAUUUGUUCACAUAAAAUCCUGCACACACAUCACACUCACCCGCCUAAAUGCACUCGCCUCUUUGUGAGAAACUGAGGGUUGAGAAACUGAGUAAUAGUGGCGUAAGAGGAGAGGGAGAUGAAGGAUUUCCGCUAAAGGAAGGAAAUCUCUCCGUUUAAAGUCUUGACUGACGGAUCAGGGCCGGUUUCUGCUGCACAGGCAGCCCACGGCUCUCUGUGUGUGGGCAUCAACCGGAAAGAACACUGCCUCCAGCCGGACUCGGGACUGCAGAACUCAUUAUUAAAUGUAUAAAGUUAUCAUAAUUGCCCUUGUUAAUAUAACAUAUUUAUCAGAAAACUGUAAAGAGAUGCUCACUUUUUAAACAGAUUACAGCUUUGGACAACUUGAUAAAGUUGUAAAACUGUAGAACAGUUCAUAGUCAAAUUGCCUCAAGAUGAUGCAGACAUUGUUUUGUGAGGCAUUCAUGUAAUGUAUUAUUAUGUUAUUGUGUGUAUUUAACAUGCUGGUUCCAUUCUAACAAAAUACACUAAAAAAGUAGUAGAAAUAAACCAGCACAGGAUGUUCGUUCUAGCUGUUUUUCCACUGUGCUUAAUAGCUCAAAAGGUGUAAAGUUUGGCACCUUUUGACCACAGUUAACAUUGCCCAUUGCAGGAAACUGAUACUUUCAUUUAGAAGAAAAUGAUUUGGAGGAAAUGAAAAAAAAGGACUAUCCUGCCAUCUAUUGGUGGAGACCAGAACACACACUGAUGUAUUUUCAUCAUCACAGCAUCAAAGCCCGUGUCUGAGGGCCGCUAUUCAACAUCCUGAACAUUUCUGAAAAUAUAUAGUGAAUUUCAGUGUACCUGAGCAGAGGGAGAAGUUUGCUCCCCCUCUGUGUGGCUCAAUACUCGAGCUUCUGCCUGCUGAGCUUCAUGGCCUUUGCCCACGCGUAGCUGUUGGCUGUAGGCGGUACAUCCCCCCCCCCCCCUCCCCCAGGGGUAAACUGCUUCCUCUGAUGCUUGCGAUGUUAUCGCUGUGAGCUGUAAGCCGAUGCUGCGCUACAAAGAGCAUAUUAAUGGUGUCUACAUGUACAUGAAAAACACUUACGCUUGAUGUAACAAUUGCCCCGAUGAACGUGGACUCGGGAUCUUCUGCAACUAAGGUUGUUGGCUGCAGCAACUGUAAUGCUACUCAACAUGACACUUAAAUACUAUAGUUUAAUAAGUUGAACAGAAAAGAGAAAACUGCUAAAUGCAUUUCUGUCCAUGACACACUUGAACACACUGAGUUUUCAUCUUGUCUAUUUCUCCUGGACACAGGAUUUGGUAUUAAAUGUAUUUAAUGUAAGAACCAUAUCGAAGGUUUGACCUUAAAGGAGAUUGUUGCCAUUAUGUCUCAAAGACUUUUUCAGUGAUUCAGUUGAUUAAUACAACUGAAUAAUGAACAAAUGUGGCAAAAAGGGGUUUUAAUAACUAAAAUAUCAAUAAAAACAAAAGAAACACA